AACUAAGGGGGAAAUGCGAGGUAACACAAGCACUCGGGAGCAACGAUUCUAAGUUUUAUAAAACAAGCAAGAAGAGAACCACAGUUCAUUCGAAAAUUUCAAAAUAUUAGCAGACGCUGAACUCGCAUCAACCCUCCCUAGCGCCCCCCGCAAGCGGCCGUUCAUCCCUAAACAGGCACUAAUCUCGGACUUCUAGGAGUGUUGUGGAUAUUGAUGUUGGCUUAUUAUUUAUUCUUCCCCCCCAAAAAAAAAACACGACGGACUGCCGAAUCCCGAUGACGCUCAGCAUCAUCAUGCUCGUUAGGAAAAAAAAUCCUCCCUGGGCUUCUCUUCUCACCCUCUUCGUCGCGUGCAAGGUCAGCACAAGCAUGGGGCUAGAUGUAGCUUUGGAAUGUGAAAAUUGCUGCCAAGCAGCAUCGAGGCUUAAAAUUGUUCAUCCUUCUUCUGACAACAGUCCGAAAGAAGAGGAAAGUAUAGAAUGGAAAGCCUUGAGGAAGAAAUAUUACUUAAAAAACUUGAAUGGUGACUUCUGCAAAUUUAGCUGCAGUAACUCUCCUAGUUCUCAUUGCAAAAGCAUGCCUGCUAGGCCUGUGAGACGAAGUUUGAAAGACAAUGACGUUUUUAAGAGGGGUUCUGUAUAUCAAAGCUCUAGGGAGAUAAGAAGAAUGAGAAAGUCAAGAGAGGGGAGAAGGAAUGUAAAACUCACCCACAGUGGUAAAGGUUUUAUAUCCUUUGAGAUUAUUGAUUCCUUGUCUCAUAUUUUCCAGAAUGAAGCUAGUCACUGUCGGCAGGAAAAGAUAUCACCAUGUGCUUCUCUAGAUGCAAAGGUAAAAUCAGCACCUACUGACACAAGCCUCUCAAUUCAAACAAGGUCUAUUGAACCUACUGAUGUGCCCUUGUUACCCGAAGAGCACUCAAAAGUCAAAAGUUUAUACCCAAGUUUUAUCUCAGCAGAAAAUAGUUCAGCAUUCCCUUCUGCAAAUGCAGGUCUUGAGCUAUUUGGAAGAGGAUUAGUUCAAAAGUCAAAUUUAAAAGGCAAUCAAAAAGUGCUUGGUGCUGAGAAUGGCAAUGAAGCCCUUCAUGAGCAAGACAUGGUAGACACCUUGACCAAGUCAUUUUCAGCGAAGGUGGGAAUAUCUUAUCCACCUUGUCAGUUAGAAAGAGAUCUGUUCAGAGUCAGCACAAAAACUUGGCUUAACCCUCUCAAGAAGAUGUUGAAUCCUAUCAUGAAAUCCAAAUCUCAGCGAAAUCCAUCACUUCUGGAAAGAGAAGAUACUGGUGUCAGAACAACUGAUUCUGCUAACAUGAGGAGAAAUAGUAUGUACUGCAAGUUUUUAUCAAAUGAUUUUCUGAAGGCAACAGAGAAGUUGGAACCAAUUGUGAGAGUGAUUAAAAGAGACCAAGGGUCAGUUCCAAGUUCUUCGCCGGUUCAUGUACAAGGUACUCUUAGAUUGAAUUAUAAGCAUGGUACUCCAUAUUUUGAAUUCUCAACAAAAGUCCCAGAUGAUGCUCUUUCUGCAAAGGCAUGGAAAACGGAUAAUGCAUUUAAUUGGGUCUACACCUUAUACAGCUGUAAAAAGAGAGGUAAUAACAUUGGGUCAGGGAAAAAGGACAAGAAGGGAGAGUCUUUUCCGUUGAUUGGCCAGAUGCAAGUUUCUACUUAUUUGUGCUUAGAAACGAGUUGCAAUGCCACUUCCAAUCAAUCGACUGUGACAGAGUUUAUUUUAUAUGACAUUGCGCAGGCAAGAAGGAGUCUUGCAGUUGAAGAAAGAUCUCAGUGUUCUUCCAUUCAACCUUUGGACAUUAGUGCUGGUGACUUGGUUGUAGGUGGUCCUUUAGAGGCAAAUUGUUCAACAGAGCCAGCAAAUUGCCAGUAUCCUGUUAGACAUGCUUUGAGCGAGUGUGACUAUGAUGCUUCAUCUUUUUACCCCUGGGAACCUGCAGACUUGCAUUCACACCUUGAAAUUGCAGCUAUUGUAAUUCAGAUUCCCUCAAAUAAAAAGGAAAGCACCAAGAAUGUGGAAAUGAAUGCAAACAUCACAAGAGAACACCUGAACUUAUCAAGUGUUUCGACCAUUGAUCAAAUAAGAGGAACCAUAUCCAGCAGAUGGAAUCCUGCAAAUGUGAAGGUGGUCACUCCAAGUGGCACACAUGGGUUGGCAGCCACUGAAAAAGGUGGCCCUUCGUCAUUACUUGAUAGAUGGAGAUCUGGUGGAGGCUGUGAUUGUGGUGGCUGGGAUAUGGCCUGUCCAAUUUUUGUUUUUGGCAAUUCAAGCGGUGUUGUGGCUGAUUGUCCAACCAUGGGAAGUCAACCCCCUAUUGCAUUAUUUUGUCAGGGAAGAAAAGAAAAGAUUUCUGCUUUGUCUAUUAGCCCUGAUGGGGGAGGACUCUAUUCAGUCCAUUUUCAUGCACAACUGUCUGCUUUACAAGCAUUCUCAAUUUGCAUUGCUCUAUUGCACAGUUCAGUAACUUCUCCACCGGUCGAUGAGCAGAGCAGGCAGAGGUUACAUUCUGAUUUGCUGAAGUUGCCACCCAGGGAGCAAGUGAGACACUUACAAAGGCAGUAAAAAACCAAAGAGAAAUAAACUACAAAGAAGAGAGUCAAAUAGGUCCACCAUUGUUAGUUCCUAACCUGCACUUCUGUUUCAAGGGAAGGAGUACAUAUGGCGAGAGUGUGAAGAAUACGAUCAAACCGAAUGCCAGGAACGUGGAUCUAGAGCCACACCAACUUGCCAAAAUCUGCUAAGAGUGGAUAUGGGACCUUGAAUCUCAUGGAGACGGUAUAAAUUUCAACUGGUUGUACCUGUCAUCUGCACAGAAGUCUUGUGGUUGCACCCUGCCUUUGAAUCCUGUGGAUGGUCUACCUGGCUUGGACACAGGUAACAGGUACUGAAAGAUGGCGCAUGCGUCAAGACUCAAGUAGAUGCAUGUCAACAUGGUUUGUUUAAAAUGAGCGACAUUAGCAAGAUAAACUCCGGCAUGGCCCUAUGUGGUUUGGCGCAGUUCUGGCCUAACAAUUGAAGAGGUUUGGCAAAGGUUUGGCCUACCAUACAGCUUAGCUUACGAUCUUGAAGAGGAUUGCCCAAAAAAGUAAGUUACCGUGUAGAUUAUAAUAAUGAAGGCAGCUUAGCCCAUAUUGUUUAUUAUCUAGGAAGAGCCAUGCAUCUGCAUUUUGUCGAUUCAUAAUUGUUGCCUCACUUUGCUGGUUUGUUCUUCCAAAAUAUUUUAUGCUGUGAAUAUGAUGCUGUAAUUGCACAAUGGAGUUCAACCCAGCAGCUUUCAAAGACUCUUUUAUCAA